ACUUGUCAAGUCAAUUGCCGUCAGCAUGGACGAGACUCCAAUGGCCCUGUAUUCGGACACCUGUGACGAACGGUAGAUUUGUCCUGUUCAGCUCCCGUCUCGUUAGCCGGAGUCUGACCAGAUUUAUAUGCUGCUGUUGUCCAUAUAGGGUCCUUUCGCCGGAUUUGCCUUUCCUUCAUGAAGACACAUUCAUUUCUCUUGUUUGUCCGGUCAAUGUGGGGCGUUUUCGCGUUUGACAUGUUUAUAUACAAUCGCUGCUGAUUCGAUAUCAAACCACAGCUCCUGGGUUACUGGAAUUGUUGCAACAAAGAUAACUGGACUACCCUUUUGAUAGACGAUAUCGAUCUACUAACUGGCACUUAUCACAAUGGAAUUCCUUUCCGAGUUCAGCGCGCCCACUGUGGCGAUGGCAUCGGCCUUAACUGCAGCCGCGGGUGCUUAUCUGAAUGCCAAAUUUUCCAUUUCCACCGACCUCACUGCCAUACAUCACGAUCGGUCAUGGAAAAGUCGCCUGGAGCAACGCAUCGGACAGCUUGGGGACACACCCACGAUCUAUUGGAUGCUUGAACGGACGAUCGAGGUGGACGGCAAUGGUGCGGCGCAAGCGAUCUGGUUCGAAAACAAAACAUGGACUUAUGCCCAAUUGAAGGACCUUGUGGAUCGGUUUGCCGCUUUGCUUCACUCGAGAGGCAUCAAGAAAGGGGACUUUGUUGGCGUCUUUACCAUCAACUCACCUGAGAUGGUGGUGGCAAUCUAUGCGCUUGCCAAACUCGGUGCCGUGGCGUCGCUGCUCAACACAAAUCUGCGGGACGACACCUUUAUCCACUGUUUGAAUGUCUCCCGCUCAACGUUUAUGAUCUCCACCCCCGAUCUGUCACAAGACGUGCGCUCCGACCUGCCACAUAUUGCGCUCAAUCUCUCCUCCUUCGACGGAGUCUCCACCGGAACGAUAGAAACCGUCACGGCUGCCGACCUACAGCGGUACGCACCCACCGACGUGACUGCAGCGACAGGAUCUCCCGCUGAUUUGACCGUUCUCAUCUACACCUCUGGAACGACGGGAAAACCCAAAGCAUGUGCGAUACGCAACUUCAUGGCCCUGGUUACAUCCACUCCACUUACCUCUGAUGUGAGCGACCCCGCAAAGUACUUUCCAUUGCGCAUCUACUCGCCUCUUCCCCUUUUCCAUGGGACCGCCUACUUCACGGGCCUGUGCUACUCCGUCGGCACCGGGGGCACGCUGUGUCUGCGGCGCAAAUUCUCCGCCUCCCAAUUUUGGAAAGACGUGCACGACUCCCAAGCGACGCGCAUAUUGUAUAUCGGCGAGCUGUGUAGAUAUCUCUUGGCCACACCACCCUCGCCGUUCGACAAGGAUCACUCCUGCAUAGUAGCGGCCGGAAACGGGCUGCGCGAGGAGAUCUGGGAGCGUUUCCGCCAGCGGUUCGGCGUUCCCGAAAUCCGCGAGUUCUACCGAUCCACGGAAGGCAUCACGAAGUUUGAUAAUUUUGGAGUGGGCGCCUGGGGGGCCGGAAAAAUUGGGUUUUCAGGGCCCAUAAAGCGGUACCUGGAAGACGAUAUGUUUAUCGUCAAGUAUGACACCGAGACAGAAAUGCCGUAUCGGAGCCCGGCAACCGGUUUCUGUGUUCAGGCCCAGCCGGGCGAGGAAGGGGAGGCCAUUGGGCGGGUACGGAGCCGUGCUCUUCUCACUGAGUAUCUGCACGAUGAGAAUUCGACUGAGAAGAAGUUGCUGCGCGAUGUCUUCCAGAAAGGCGAUAUUUUCCAGCGUACGGGCGACCUGAUGGUUCGAGACGAGUCUGGCUGGCUCAAGUUUCAGGACCGGGUUGGAGAUACAUUUCGCUGGAAGGGCGAGAAUGUCAGCGCUGGAGAAGUCCGGGAUCAUAUUUGCCGGAUUGCAUCCGUCCACGAUGCUGUUGUGUAUGGUGUGAAACUGGGAGGGUAUGAUGGCCAAGCGGGUGCUGCGGGAAUCACGCUUGACAACCCUUCUGCUGAAGAUGAAUUCAUGCCCAACCUCUACCGCCGACUGAAGAAGAAGGGCGUCCCGCCCUAUGCUUUUCCUCGUCUUGUCCGGCUCACUGAAAAAGUGGCCACCGGUGUAACCUUCAAACAAGCGAAGGGCGACUUAGCCAAGAAGGGAUGGAAUCCUCAAGGCGAUUGGAAUGGGGACAAACUGUACUGGCUAAACGGGAAGUCCUAUGAGCCGCUCGACUCACGAAGCUGGGCGUUGAUUGAAAAUGGGAAGGCCAAAUUAUGAGUUGCUCUACCGGUAGAUAUUAUCCUGUUGUCGAUACUGGUUCAGCUUGGCUAGAAGGAAGACAUGUUGAAUACUUUAUUCUGUAUACAUGGGCACAAUAUACACAAUAGACAUAAAACGUUGAUUGCUAGAACAAAUGAACAGAUUCAAC